AUGAGAGGCUGUCAACAGCAGCUUUGGAGAGGGAAAAAGUGCAAUUUUCUCACAUUACUUCAGUUUCGAUUAAACAAAUUGUAACGUUUAAGGCUUAAAUGUUUUUUCUGUACUAUUAGGAUGUGUCCUCAUACCAUUUUAAAACGCAUCUAUUUGCAUUGAAGUUAUGGAAAUCGGCUAAGUCAUAAUUGUCAGAAGUUAGCUAGUCCUAAGAUAGCUUCUACGUAGUUAGCUAACGGUUGUACAGUGGAGCUGCUGUUUACUGUGUGCGGUAGACCGAGCCGGGCGGUGAGGCGCUGUAACACCACCCCAUCUGUUGAAGGUCCUUAAACCAACACGUUUUCCAGCGUUUUGGACUCGUGGAGGCCUUUGACGCGGUUUCGACAUGGAUUUGUUUGGAGGGAACAGCUCAGAGAGUGCUAACCUGCCAAGGAACAUGAUCGAGAACAGCAUGUUUGAAGAAGAGCCAGAUGUGGUGGAUUUGGCCAAGGACUCUGCAGCAUUUCCUACCUUUCCUGCUCUCGACCCGGACGAGAUCACGUAUGAGCCUCGCAGCUCCCGCUUACUGGUGCGAGGUCUGGGGGAAAACGACAUGGACGAGGAUGAAGAGGACUGCGAGUCCUCAGCUCGCCUCCUCGGCAUGUCCUUCAUGAACCGGAGCUCUUCUCACAGACCCAGCUCUUCUCCUUACACCAGACAGUCUCCGUCCAGGUCAUGUUCUCGCCCCUCAGCCCGUACCUUGAUCGUAUGUGUGCUAAUCCUGGUAAUUGUGGCUUCUAUGACAAUGGUACUGUACUUCCUGCCUGGCUGCACUUUUACCAAGGACGGUUGUCCUAAACCGAAUAAGACGGCUCCUCUGGAGCUGAUCUAUCCUGUGUCCACCAGUGGAGAGCUGUUUCCGUGGACACAGCUCCGCCUACCUCAGAGCAUACAUCCUCUCAGCUAUGAGCUCACUUUGACCCCCGACCUUGACAACAUGACCUUCACUGGCAUAGCUGUUAUAAACAUGUCUGUGCUGCACAAAACAAACCGCAUUGUCCUGCAUGGUGCAAAUCUAAACAUCAGCAAAGCUACUUUCAAGAUUGGUGACGGGCAGGCCAGAAAUGUUACAGUCCUGGAGUAUAAGCCUAAACAGCAGAUUGCUGUAAAGUUCACAGAGGACUUGAAAGCAGACCAGUUCUGUGUUUUGACUCUGACUUACUCCGCCAAUCUCUCAAGCACAUAUGAUGGUUUCUACAGCAGCUCCUACACUGAUAAAAGUGGAAAGAAACACAUUCUGGCAGCAACACAGUUUGAGCCACUGUCAGCCCGGAAGGCCUUCCCUUGUUUCGAUGAGCCCGCUUUCAAAGCCACUUUUCUGAUCAAAAUCAACAGAAAAGAAAACUACACCACUCUAUCCAACAUGCCUCAGACCCAAAGCAGGCUUCUCCCCAGUGGGCUUUUCCAGGAUGAGUUUGAAAGGACCAGUGUUAACAUGAGCACAUACCUGGUGGCCUUCGUUGUUGCUAACUUCUCACCUGUCAACACAAGUGUUUCAGGAACCUUGGUGUCUGUGUACUCCGUGCCCGAGAAGAAAGAGCACACCGAGUAUGCUCUGGAAGCAGCGUCCAAACUGCUGGAGUUUUACAACACUUUCUUUGAAAUUAAUUACCCACUCAAGAAGCUCGACUUGGUUGCCAUUCCGGACUUCCUGGCAGGAGCAAUGGAGAACUGGGGGCUCAUUACUUUCCGGGAGACCACCUUAUUGGUGGGCACAGAUUCCUCCCCUCUGGAAAAACAAGUAGUCGCCUCCGUUGUGGCGCACGAGCUCGCACACCAGUGGUUUGGAAACCUGGUAACCAUGAGGUGGUGGAACGACCUGUGGCUCAAUGAAGGCUUCGCUACAUACAUGCAAUAUUUCUCACUGCAGAAAGUGUUUCCUGAGCUCCAAGCUGAAAAUUUAUUUCUGUCAGUGCGAUUCCGAGUCAUGGACAAAGAUGCUCUAAACUCCUCCCACCCCGUGUCAACUGCAGUUGUUACACCAGAACAAGUGGAAGAGAUGUUUGAUUCAGUUUCCUACGAAAAGGGUGCUUCUAUUCUCCUGAUGCUCAACGCUUCACUGCCAGGAGAGCAGCAGUUCAGAAAGGGCAUCAUUCAGUACCUCACACAGUUCAAAGGCUCCAACACUGAAACCAACAACCUCUGGGACAGCCUCACUCAGGUUUCAAACCCGCACCAGAACGUGUCAGAAAUGAUGAGCUCCUGGACGUCACAGAAAGGAUUUCCUUUAGUCACCGUGAGCCGCAAGGGGGACGAGGUGACCCUCACACAGGAGCACUUCCUCCUCACCCCCGCCGACGCCUCUCAGACCUCCAGCCUGUGGGACGUCCCGGUGACGUACGUCAACGACAGCUGCAGUGUGGCUCCUGAGUGUCGGCAGAUUUUCUUUCUGAAGUCCAAGUCAGCUACUCUUAAGGUGCCAGAGAGUGUGAAGUGGCUGAAGCUGAACUAUCAAAACACGGGCUACUACAUAGUUGACUAUGGAGACGAAGGCUGGACUGCUCUCAUCAACGCUCUGUCUGCAAAUGUUAGCAUCCUCACACAUGAGGACCGGGCCUCGCUCAUACACAACAUGUUUGCUCUCUCCAGACAGGGACGCGUUUCCUUUGAACGCGUUCUCGGCCUGUUGAACUACACAUCCAAAGAAAGUGAGACGGCUCCUGUGACCGAGGCUCUGCUCCAGCUCAGUAACAUCUACAGGCUGCUGGAAAAAAGACAAGAGUUUGAUCUUGUGUCUUGCGUGAAGAAGUACAUUUUGGAUCAUUUUGGUGCUUUGAUGGACAACCAAACCUGGGACGAAGAGAAGAGUUUGUCCAAACAGGAGCUGCGCUCAGCCCUCCUGAGUAUGGCCUGCAGGCUGGAGAAAGAAACGUGCACCCAGUCAGCCACAGACCUGUUCAAGCAAUACGUGUCAAACCAGACCCUGCGGAUUCCAGGAGAUCUGCAGCAAGUUGUCUUCUCAGUGGCUGCACAGUCCCGAGCGGACUGGUCCAUUUUGUACGACAAGUACAAACAGUCCACCGUGGAUGCAGAGAAGCGGAACAUGCUACUCGGCCUCGCGUCCACUCAGGACACGCAGCUUGUAGCAAAAAUUCUUAAUGAAGGUCUGAAAGGGGACGUCAUCCAAACCCAGGAGCUGCCUUUGAUCAUCAGCACCGUUUCUAGAGGCUUUACAGGCUAUCUGUUUGCAUGGGAUUUUGUCCAGGUCAACUGGGACCGCCUCAUAGAGAAAUUCCUUGUGGGCUCGUUUGCCAUCCAGACGAUCAUCAAAUCCGUAACCUCACAGUUCUCCACACAAGCACAUCUCGAUCAAGUGAAGGCCUUCUUCUCUGGUCUGAAGGAGCGCGGCUCUCAGAUGAGGAGCGUGCAGGAAGCUUUAGAAACAAUCAGACUGAACCAACGCUGGAUGGAGCGGAACCUGCCCACUCUUCGAGAGUCGCUCACAAAAAUCCAGUCUCAACCCGAGAAACAAGCCUCUGGGAUGUCCCAUUAAGAUGGUGAAAUACUUGCACUAUUGUGGGGUUGUCUCAGAAGUCCCAGCAUCCAGAUUGGAGUGGUAAUCAGUGGUGGGCAGGGUGCUGGAUCCGUUUAUUUGAGACUCCUCCUGAAAGUUGUACUUGAUCGCUCAGGGUGGCUCUGGCUGUGUGUCUGACAGUGGGUCGUCGGGCAAAACACACACCCUCCUCUUGUUUUAUGCUGUCGACCAAAACUCGCUGGCAGUUUUCAUCUAAACUUCAUGCCAGAGCAGACAAUCACGCUCCAGAUAGAUUCCUUUAUUCCAGCUAAUCUCGAGCACUGCGCCACUCCAAAAUCCAGUGUCCGCAAAUGUCAUUAUUCUUCAAGUUACAUGCAGAGAUGCAGCUGUCAGGGUUUCCUCAACAAACUGAAAAAGUGCUCAAAAUACUCCUGUAAGCUGAAGCAUUUGCUCGUCGUGGUUGGGCUUGACUAUUCGCUGGCAUAAAAUACCAAACUGGACAUCAAUUGAAUGUAUUGAUAAACCUUCCCACUGUGCACCGUAGUGGAUGUACCGACAACCAGUGCAGGUUAAAACCAACAACAACCGUUGUGUCUUAGAGAGCAGGCAGCGCACACUGGAACCAAAUGGCCAUUUUUUUUUUCUUUUCUUCAAGCCAUUAAAAAAUAAUUUUAUCUCUAACCAACAUGUUUUCUUUUAUUUUUGCCAGUUGUGGAGAAACUGUAGAGACUUUUCGAUGCUCCAUAUGCUUGUAAAUUGUAAUUAUAGUGUAAAUAUUGGUAACUUGAAAUACAACCUGCUUUUGGAUUUGUUGUUUUAAACAUUGUGAAGUAUUUAAAGGUUUGUUUUUUGUUGUUUAGAUGGAUUCUAGAGGAACUGACAAAAAUUCAGGAGAUUUUUUUAUGUUCUGGGUUUAAACAUAUAUUUCUUGCUGAAUGUUACAUUAUAAGGGCUAGUGUCCAAAGUAAAGGAUCCACAUUAAAAAGUCUGUUCUGAAAUUCAGCCUCAAUAUUAACCAUGCUCUUGCCACUCCUCAGAUUGUUUUUUUUGCCACAUUUGCCAAGGACAGAUGUACAUUUAAGGUGGUUCCAUGUUGAGUUCGUUCAGCUUGCAUAAAUUUCAGCUUUUAAGGUCAUAAUUUGCGUUUGUCAAUCCGAGAAUGUGUUUAUAACAAGUGCCAUUGAUUGUUACUGACCGAUCUGCAGCUUUCUUUGAUUACUCCAUUCAGUUCUGAGGUGAACGUUUGAUUGGUGAGAUGGGAGUUCAUUUACAAACAAACAUGCGUGGCAUCAACCACACUUCAGGGGGAUAGAACAAAGACAAAAUGAAUGCGUAUUCAUUUGUAGUGGUUGAGUUUCAUCCAGAAUGUAGACUUUCCAAACCCCAGCAUUUAUUUUAGUCCAUGUGAAGCUUUGAAAACAUGUUUUCUUCUGUUUCCAAGUUGCAUCGUGACAAAAGUCGUGGGGAAUCAUGUCGAGUCCAUUAUAUUGGUAUUAUUUCCUUUGCACUGAAAAACCGGCACAGAAAGGCUGCAGAGAUGUUUUGGUUCGGCUCUUCAUUUGAGCAAACUCACAUAAGCUAACUUUUGAAUUAGAUUUUUCUCAUGGUUCCCCAAGGUUCUUUUGUUGAUCUUCUGUUAAUAUGCUUUAAUCUUGUUCGUUUACUGACACAAAACUGAAAUUGCUUUCAGUGAAUACACUCCAAAUAAAGUUCAGCUUCACCCAGA